AUGGAGAUAGCGGUAAUUCCGCCUAAACUGGGCCCCACGGUGCAGCCGCGGCGCGGCGCGGCGUGGCGCGGCGCGAACGUGUCCGCCAGCGACCGUGCAAGCGACCGUGCAAGCGACCGCCCUGGCAGACGCGGCCGCUCGACCGGAGGAGGCGAGCGGCGCUGCCCGCGGAAGGGUGCACAUCAAAACGCGGUUUCCACGUCAUCAGAUCACUGGUGUGCUCUACGUAUAGCUUGCCUGCCACCUCAGCAGGAGCUGGCGCGAGAGUUUCCAACAGGGGGGCGGACGGGGGACGGUAGCCGAGGGCCUGCAGGGAUAGAGCGUGGGCUGUGGGCGACAGGCCGGGGCGUGUCUCCGCCGCCCCGCCCGCUCCACGCCGUCCUGUCGUCGGCCGUCGCUGUUUGGGCUGCUACACUUGACACCGUCCGGUGCGACCCAGCGCCGGCCGUCUGCGCCGCCGCCUCGGCCGCGUACAAAACAACCAUUAGACUCAAAUGUGCAUUGGGCGCGAGCCGCGCCGGCUUUGAUGUAGCGGGGCCUUGUCGGUUUUUUUUCUUUUAG